GUUCCUCCUGAAUCCACUGGAGACUCGAUGGAUGGCCGGGCACCUCGCCCUUCCUGCUUCUUCCUUCUCUCCUUCCCCACCCCCACCCCCACACUCUCUGCACCAACAGACUCUUUUACCGGACUUACCUACCGGGAGAAGCAGAGAAGGAGAAGUGUGUGGCAACUCCCCCCCAGUGAGAGGCACAGCCGGCACCAUGGAGGCCCCAAGGAAAAGCUGCUGGUGACCUGGGGCCCAGGCCUGAGCACUAUGGGACUUGCGGAGCCAGAGGCGGUUGGGCAGUCACAAGUGACCCUGCUUCCUGCGCUCAAUGGGAGUGACCCAAGAUACCGCAAUGUGGAUGGUCACUGGCCGGAGAUCCCAGAGAGGUCGCCAUGUGUGGCUGGAAACAUCCCUGUCAUAUAUUACAGUGUCCUGCUGAGCCUAGGACUGCCUGUCAACCUCCUGACUACAGUGGCCCUGGCCCGUCUUGCUGCUAGGACCAGGAAGCCCUCCUACCACUAUCUCCUGGCACUCACAGUUUCAGACAUCGUCACGCAAGUGGUCAUCGUGUUUGCGGGCUUCCUCCUGCAGGGAGCCGUGCUGGCCCGCCAGGUGCCCCAGGCUGUGGUGCGCACAGCUAACAUCCUGGAGUUUGCGGCCAAUCACGCGUCGGUCUGGAUUGCAGUUUUGCUCACAGUGGAUCGCUACAACGCCUUGUGCCGGCCCCUGCGCCACCGGGCUACCUCAUCCCCAGGCAGGACGCACCGCGCCAUUGCUGCUGUCUUUAGCACUGCCCUGCUGACUGGCAUCCCGUUCUACUGGUGGCUGGAUGUGUGGAGGGACGCAGACCCCCCCAGCACUAUGGACAAACUCCUCAAGUGGGCUCACUGCCUCAUCGUCUACUUCAUCCCCUGCAACGUUUUCCUGGUCACCAAUUCAGCCAUCAUCCUCCGGCUCCGGAAGAGGAGCCAGAAAGGGCUGCGUCCCUGGAUGAGCAAGAGCACAGCCAUCCUCCUGGGUGUCACCUCCCUCUUCGCUCUCCUUUGGGCACCGCGCAUCUGUGUCAUGCUGUACCACCUGUAUGUGGCCCCCGUUCACCGGGACUGGAGGGUCCACCUGGCCUUGGACAUAGCCAACAUGGUGGCCAUGCUCAACACAGCUAUCAACUUCGGUCUCUAUUGCUUCAUCAGCAAGACUUUCAGAGUCACAGUCCGGCAAGUCAUCCAUGAUGCCCACACGUCUUGCACCUUAAAGUCACAGCCAAAGGGCACGGUGAUGGAACUUGUGUUGAAGUCUGUAGGGGGAGAACUGUAGAGAAAGAGGACCAGGCUAGAUAUCCUGGGGGCCUCAGGGCCACCGGCAAAGAGGCCUUUGCAAUUGUUUUGUUUUGAUUUUUCGAGACAGGGUUUCUCUGUGCAGCCCUGGCCGUCCUGAAACUCGCUCUGUAGACCAGUCUGGCCUCAAACUCAGAGAUCCACCUGCCUCUGGCACCCAAGUGUUGAGAUGAAAGACACGUGCUCCCACUGCUGGGAGCACCUUUGCAAUUGUAUCUGUCAAAAAUUCUCCAAGUUUGCAAUCUGGGGAAGAGGAAAAGGCUCCCCCUUUGGGUGACUCCGGGUAGAAGGAAAAAAUUAGCUACCCUGUAGGUUAGUUUCAUCCCAAUUCCCACCUUCUAGGGAAAGGACCGGGCUCUGCUGGCCCACACAUCAGAACAGCUGCUGGGGUACCCCCUUUGAAGGGGCCUUUUGCCUGGCACAUACAGGGCAAACGUUAACGUGAGCCAAAUGGAUGAAUGUAAUGAUGGAUGGACGGACAGAUGCACGUAUUCAUGUGAACCUGGCCUGCCUCCCACUCCCUAAAGUGAUGGCCUCUUUGGCUUCUGGUGUUAAAGUUGGAGUCUGAAAAAGGAGGCUAUGAGCAGAGACUCAAGGCCUUUUCUGGGUUGAGGGAGCCAAUGAUUUUGGCUGAGCAAUGGGGGGGUGCCUAGAUAAGAAAUAAAGGUUCCCAGUGUCUUAACAAACAUUGGGUGUCCCCAGGCCUAACCCAUCCGGGAAGAAUCGAUCUGAAGUUGAUUCUAGGUUUCUCUUGCACCAGCACCACAGUGGGUCUAUGGGUCUUGCUUUGCCUUCAUCACCCCCGGGUACGAGAAACUGGUGUGUGUGUGUGUGUGUGUGUGUGUGUGUGUGUGUGUAGGUGACUUCAACCCCUGAGCCUUGGAGAAAGGUAUUUCUCCAGUAUAAGAAGGGAGGCAGAGCAGUUGGCUGAUGGGGCUGGAAAGUGUUCCCCACUCUCUGACCCCUGCUGGGCCAUUCUUGUUGGCUCUGCCUCUCCCUCCCCCCUCCCCCUUCCCCUCCUCCUCCCACUUUCCCCUUCUGGGGCUCAGCAGAAAGGGCUGAGCAGAUGGACAGCCCACCUGCUGCCGGCCUUGGGUAAACACAUUAGGGGCCAGCUGGUGCCCUUUCUGCUUCCCAGGCAGGCUGAGUUGACCUCUCUCCUAGAUAGGCUAAGCCCCACCUACCUUCACUGCCACUGUCUGGGUGAUGCCAGCUAAGGAGCGGAUGGAGGCCAGGUACACAGUUGGUGCAGAACAAAUGCUCAGCCCCCCACCCUUCCUCUCUCACUUGUCAGGAGAGUAGGAGCCUUCAACCAUGCGUGGGAAGAGGACAGCCAGAGUUGUCAUCCCUGUCCCUCAGCCACCACGCUCAACCCCAUUAAAUUCGGAAAAAGCAAAAACGUUUCCAAGUGUGUCACAGACACGGCUUGAACUGAGAGGUGAUGGUUUCCAGUCUCGAUGUGGCUUUGGUGUACUGGAGACGGCUAGGCUGCCCCUCCAGGGCUUUUUGGGGGUGGCGUGGGGUGCUUCUGGCUACACCCUGUGAGAGCAGAUGCGUGUGUGUUCUAGGCCAGCAGGUCUGGUUCUGAGACACACAGGAUGCUGAGAUGAGAAAGAGGCUAGGAGUCUGGGAACUGCCGGGGGCGGGCGUGCUCUGCCACCGUGGGCAUUGGGCAUCAGAGUCUCCGGUAUGCAUCCCCAGAUGUGUGUGGGGCAGGUGGACGCAUGGGUCUCUGUUACCUGCUGAGGGGAGAGGGUGCAGGAAACAAGGGAACCCCGGGAGGAAUGGACGGCGUCUGUCUCAGCUCAGACCAGUCCAUCCCCUACAUGGGGUCUCUGAGGAGAAAGCAAUAGUUGCCUUUGUGUUGGGGAAGUCCUGUGUAUAUGUCAAUAAAGCACUGCUGGCCAAUAGGAAUCUAGAUAGGUGGGGCUAGGAGUCCAGGAGGAUUCUGGGAAGGAGAAAC